AUGGAGAAAUGGAAUCACACUUCAAGUGACUUCAUUUUGUUGGGGCUGUUUCCCCUGAAUCAAACUGGCCACCUUCUCUUAUUCCUUACCAUCCUCAUAUUCAUCAUUGCCUCUGUGGGUAACCUGACCAUGAUUCACCUCAUACGCCUGGAUUCCCACCUCCACACACCGAUGUACCUUCUCCUCAGCCAGCUCUCCCUCAUGGACCUGAUGUACAUCUCCACCACUGUCCCCAAGAUGGCUUUCAACUUCCUCUCAGGCCAGAAAGGCAUCUCCUUCCUGGGAUGUGGUGUGCAGAGCUUCUUCUUCCUUACCAUGGCUGGCUCUGAAGGCUUAAUCCUGGCCUCCAUGGCUUAUGACCGCUACGUGGCCAUCUGCCAUCCCCUUCAUUAUCCCAGCCGCAUGGGUACAAGGACAUGUGUGAAGAUGAUCAUAGGAUCUUGGACAUUGGGCUCCAUCAACUCCUUGGCACACACCGUCUAUGCCCUCCAUAUUCCUUACUGUAGGUCAAGGGCUAUAGAUCACUUCUUCUGCGAUGUCCCAGCCAUGUUGCCUCUUGCCUGUAUAGAUACUUGGGUUUAUGAGGACAUGGUUUUUGUGAGCACGACCCUCUUUCUCCUUCUUCCUUUCCUUGGUAUCACUGCUUCCUAUGGCCGGGUCCUGUUUGUUGUCUACCAUAUGCACUCAAAGGAGGGGAGAAGAAAAGCCUCCACCACCUGUUCAACACAUUUAACGGUAGUCACUUUUUACUAUAUGCCUUUUGUGUUCACCUAUCUUCAGCCCAGGAAUCUCCGCUCACCUACAGAAGAUAAGAUCCUGGCAGUCUUCUACACCACCCUUACACCCAUGCUCAAUCCCAUUAUCUACAGCCUGAAGAAUAAGGAAGUCCUGGGGGCCAUGACAAGAGUGUUUGGGAAAUCCUCUUCCCUGAAAUAA